CCGGUUUGGACUUGUCUGGUGAGAAGGGCCGAGUCAAGGCGGCAGUGCCCAGGUUCGCGGUAUGGAGGCUGUGCCUCGGAUGCCCAUGAUCUGGCUGGACCUGAAGGAGGCCGGGGAUUUCCAGUUCACUUCGCCCGUCAAACAGUUUAUCCUCAAACACUAUGGAGAGAACCCAGACAACUACAAUGAGCAGCUGAAGAAACUGGAACAGUUGAGACAAGCUGCAGUAAAUGUAACAAGGGAUUUUGAGGGAUGUAGCACUUUGAGGAAAUACUUUGGCCAGCUCCACUACCUCCAGAGUCGUGUGCCUUUGAACUCUGGACAGGAGGCAGCAGUGCCUAUCACAUGGACCGAGAUCUUUUCAGGAAAACCUGUUACACAUGAUGACAUUGGUUAUGAACAGGCAUGCAUUCUCUACAAUCUAGGUGCUUUGCACUCCAUGCUUGGUGCCAUGGACAACAGGGUAUCAGAAGAGGGGAUGAAGGUGUCCUGCACUCAUUUCCAGUGUUCCGCUGGAGCGUUCUCUUACCUAAGAGACCAUUUCCGCCAUGAUUACAGUGUGGAUAUGAGCCAUCUUAUCCUCAGCCUUAACAUUAACCUUAUGCUGGGGCAAGCUCAGGAGUGCCUGCUGGAGAAAUCAAUGCUAGAUAACAGAAAGAGCUUUUUGGUGGCCCGCAUCAGUGCUCAGGUUGUUGACUACUACAAAGAGGCAUGUCGGGCUUUAGAGAAUUCAGAAACUGCUUCACUCUUGGGUAAAAUACAGAAGGAUUGGAAAAAGCUGGUGCAAAUAAAAAUCUACUAUUUUGCAGCUAUUGCUCAUCUUCACAUGGGAAAGCAGGCAGAGGAGCAGCAGAAGUUUGGAGAGAGGGUGGCCUAUUUGCAGAGUGCUCUGGAUAAACUAAAUGAAGCUGUAAAGCUGGCCAAGGGUCAACCAGACAGUGUGCAAGAGGCUUUAAGAUUCACCAUGGAUGUGAUUGGUGGAAAGUUCAACUCUGCAAAAAAGGACAAUGAUUUUAUCUAUCAUGAAACAGUACCUGCCUUGGACACUCUGCCGUCAGUUAAAGGUGCCCCCUUAGUAAAAGCACUGCCAGUGAACCCCACCGACCCGAGCGUUACUGGACCAGAUAUAUUUUGUAAACUGGUUCCAAUGGCAGCUCAUGAGGCCUCAUCACUCUACAGUGAAGAGAAGGCAAAGCUGCUGAGAGACACCAUGGCCAAGAUUGAGAGCAAGAAUGAAACCUUGGAACAAUUCUUGGAUUCUCUGCAGCUGGACUCUGAGACCGUAGACAAUCUUGACAUGUACAACCACAUCCCUCCCAUCUUGAUGGAGAAAUGCGCUGCAUUGAGUGUCCAGCCAGACAUGGUCAAGAGCCUCAUUCAGUCCAUGCAAGUACUGUCUGGUGUGUUCACGGAUGUGGAGGCUUCACUGAAUGAGAUUAAAGGACUUCUGGAUGAAGAGCAAGCUGAGGAGCUGCGCUUGGAAGAAGUAAUGGGAAAGCAGGGUGUCACUGUAGCCCCUGCAGCUUUAGCUGAAAUCAGGAAAGAUCUGGACAAGUAUAUGGAGGUGCAUGAAAAAGCCAGCUUCACCAAUACAGAGCUACACCGAGCCAUGAACUUACACAUUACUAACCUGCGCUUACUGGGAGGGCCACUGGACAACCUGCGGACAGCCCUUCCCAAGCCUGAUCUGUCGGAGGAGGAUGCUGCCAUCCUACAAACUAUGAAGCGCAUCCUAGGAAAGGUACAGGAGAUGAAGGAACAGCGCAUCUCCCUUGAAAAGCAGCUGCGUGACACCAUACAGAAGGAUGAUAUUACUAGUUCUCUUGUCACCACCGAACGAUCAGAAAUGAAGAAACUAUUUGAGGAGCAGCUGAAAAAAUAUGAGCAAGUGAAAGUUUACAUUGACCAGAACCUGGCAGCUCAAGAAAACAUCUUGAAGGCCCUUACAGAAGCCAAUGCUCAGUAUGCCUCCGUGCGCAAGGCCUUGGCAGAAACGGAACACAAGUGGAACACUACAGUGCAGACUCUGGUAGCUUCCUACGAAGCCUACGAGGACCUUAUAAAAAAGUCUCAAGAAGGUAAAGACUUUUACGAUGACCUGGAAGGCAAAGCUUCCCGUCUGCUAGAACGAGCCAGAAGUGUCUGUCAUGCCAGAAAAGAAGAGAUACAGCAAACCAUUGAAAGGGAACUGCAAAAGAAGCCACCACCUCGCCCUACAGCUCCAAAGCCUCCACUACAGAAAAAGACUUCAGAGCUUGAUGUGGGAUUAGGCCUUGAAGACCCUGAACUGCAAAAGUUGAAUGCAGCCAUGCUGGCCCUGGGGAGUGAUCUGCCUGAAGACCUUCGCAGUUUGCCUCCAGAUUCUGCUUUGACCUUUCCUUUUGGACAACCAGCUAUUCCUGAUGCUUUUCUACCAAGAAGUGCUACUAUCCCCCCAAUUCAGUUGCCAGGGGGAGUCUCCUUUAAUCAGCUUCAUUUUCCUGAGCGAGUUCUACCCACAGACACCUUGAGCAGGCUGCCUCAAUUCACAGCAACUGCUGGGCUUCCAUCCCAUCCAAGUAUUCCUCAACAGAGUAACUCGGGGUAUCUGCCUCCUGCUCCCACACUGGUCCAAGGGCCUCGGCCUGCACCUCAUCCCGUGACAGCACAAGUUCCUGCCAGUUCACCCCAGCACAGUGUAGUAGUAGGAUAUGGGAUGGGUGCGCAGAGGGUACCAGCACAAUCUAGCAGUUCAAUGCAGCUGCCUUCAGCCUCCCACUCGGCAGUGCCUCAGCUACCUCAAGUACCAAUGGGGACUGCUGGUGUUCGUCCAUCUACUACCACUGUUGACAGUGUCCAGACUCCCAUUUCCAGCUUCACACCAGGGUCUCAAGGAGCUGGUCCAGGUCAGCCUGUAGUUCAAGGAAUUGUGGGCAUAAACCAAGCUAGGCAUAUGAUGCCAGUAUCGGGGGGCUAUAGUGUGCCAACUGUGGGGCAGUAUCCAUCAUAUCCACAAACUGCAGGCCAUGCACAGCACUUCCCCCAUUUGCCUCCUCAUUUCUCUUCACAGCAAGUUCAGCCCCAGUUCCAGCUUCCACAUCAGCCUUCUGGUCAGCAAUAUCAGCAGUUCCUUCCCCAGCAGAUCACUCGCCUACCCUCGCAGCAGCAAGUCUUCCCGGCACAUCCUCCAGCUCAAAUGCAACCAUCCCCACGACCUUAUCUGCCCGCACAGGCCCUAGUUCCACCCAAUUCACAGCCCCGUCUCCAAACCACCCUUGGUGUUCAGCCUCAAAUGCUACCCACCGCUUCGCAGCCUCACUUGCCUUUGGCUCCCACCUCGCAGUCCUAUAUUUCCUCAAACAUUCAGCACCACAUACCUCCCAUCAGCAGUCAGCCCCACUUGCCCACACCCAUCUCACAAUCCCAUGUUCCCUCUAACAUGCAGCCUCACAUACCCCACAGUGGCCAGUCCCAUCUUCCUACCAUCACUUCUCAACCUUUCUUACCCCCAACAGGUGUUCCUCCCCGGCCGCUUUCUCCAGCUGUCCCUCAGCCUCACCUGCACCCUCAGGUUCCUCAGCCUGUUCCUUCUCAAGUUGGAGGCACUGGCUAUCCAGCAAGUGCUCCUUCAUCAGUUCUUCCUCAUCAGGGACCCCAGCCAGUACCCCUCCAGCAGCCACAGCUUACACAACCUCUUCACCCUCAGCCUGUCCAGUGCUUGCCACCCUCCUCAUCUGCUGCCACCACAGGCAUCACUAUGCCUUACCAUCCUGCAUCUCUUCCCCACCAGAGCUCCCUGCUAGCGCCAGUUAAUGUAUUGCCCCCAUGUUCUGUCAGUAGUGGUAUGCCACCGGUUCACCAACAUCCUUCGCCCAAUGUUAUUACACCUUCACCUGCUCCUUCAUCCUCUCCUGGGCCUUCUUCUUUAGGCCUGGUGCCUCAGAGGCCUCCACCUUCUCUGACACCUUCUGGAAGUGCCUCUUCAAGCUCCUCGGACAUAUUAUUCCAAAGACAAAACUCCACAACUGAAGAUCUGCUCUCUUCCAGCCCUGAGAGUCAACAUGGUGGACCCAAGGCCUCUGCUGCUGUCUUGCUUCCCACUAAGGCUGACCCACAGGAUGGACAGCGCCGAAGAAAGUCUGAGGGUAUGCGACUUAUUGAGGGGGACCCUUACCAGGCACCUGAGAGGUUGCAGCGACUACAGACUGAGCUGGAGGCAUUGCGUAACACUAUGGCUGCUCUGGAUAGGCCCCUUUUGGGGCCAGGUGGUCCCACUGAGCUAGACACAUGCUGGAAGGAGCUCCAGGACCAGCAGGAAAAGGAUGUGCGUCAGUUGUCCAUUGCUAUUGCCCGCUGCUACAGCAUGAAGAACCGCCACCAGGAUAUCAUGCCUUACGACUUCAACCGUGUGGUGCUGCAGUCAGGCAAGGAUGACUACAUCAAUGCAAGCAGCAUUGAAGAACUGUCUCCAUACUGUCCUCGCUUCAUUGCCACCCAGGCACCCCUCUCAGGCACUGCCGCAGACUUCUGGCUUAUGAUCUAUGAGCAAAAAGUGUCACUUAUCGUAAUGCUAGUCUCGGAGCAAGAACUGGAAAAGCAAAAAGUGGUGCGCUACUUCCCCUGUGAACGUGGGCAGCAAAUGGUGCAGGGACCAAUCACUCUGACGCUGACAACUCAUAAGGUGGCCCCAACUCACGUGGAGAGGAUGAUCGGGCUGCAGUACCGGGACCAAAGCCUGAAGCGCACAAUUAUCCACCUGCAGUUCACUUCCUGGCCCGAGCUGGGACUACCAGACAGCAAGAGUAACCUUAUCCGUUUCAUCCAGGAGGUCCAUGGACACUACCUGCACCAGCGGCCUCUGCACACUCCUGUAGUGGUGCACUGCAGCUCAGGCGUCGGCCGCACUGGAGCCUUUUGCCUUCUGUAUGCUGCAAUGCAGGAGGUUGAAGCGGGCAAUAGCAUUCCAGACCUCUUGUUGCUGGUGAGGAAGAUGAGGCAGCAGAGGAAGAACAUGCUACAGGAGAAGCUCCACCUGAAGUUCUGCUAUGAAGCAGUUCUCAAGCAUACUGAACUACUUCUCCAGCGGCAUGGCAUUUCUACAUCUGCCUCCUGCAAGAACACAAACAGCACAUCUCUGAAGUCAUACUGUCGUCUGGAGUCUCAAGACAUCGUCCUCGGAGGUGACAUGCCAAUCAGUUCAAUUCAGGCCACUAUCGCAAAGCUAAGCAUCAAACCCAGCACCACUUCUGGGCCAUGCUUUGACAGUGGCCACAUGCAAGUCACAAUGCAUAUGGGCCAGAAUGGAGUAAACGGGCCAGACCUUGUCCCAGUGGAGGCCCCUCUUCCAGUACAGCCAGAAGUUGGCCUUUCCACGUGCACCGAGAACUCUGACCAUCCGCUCACGUCCACUACCCCUCCUGCCACCUUGCUGGAAGGGGGCAGUAGUGUGUCUCCACCGCCACCAUCCUCUGACGAUGGAAAGAACGGUUCCACUCCGGCUGUUGUGCCAGAAGCAGCCAUUUCAGCAGCUGAUUCCCUUCGAGUCAGUUCCUCAUCUUUGGAUCUACUCGCUUCCCUCACACCUGAGGCCUUCACCCUCGACAGUGCCUCCAAAGGCAAGCAGCGUAUUAACAAACACAGCUUUCUGCAGCCUAGUAGUGGUCAAGGCCUGCUUGGACCACCUUCAGGAGAUGAUCCCCUGAGUUCACUUGACCCCCUGUGGACCCUUAAUAAAACAUGACCUUCUUAACAAGUGGUACCCACCAAGGAAAAGCAUGAGCCUUGAUUCUCUGGCUGGCUGGGACCUGAGUCAGUGGAACCCAUAACUACUCCAGCAGGCUAACUGUGUAGCUUCCUUUCUAAACAAACUAACACAACGGUAUCCUUCUUUACCUCCCAGUGUCAUGCUGGUCACGGACAUAUUCUGCAUUAACCCAGCUAUCCCCAUUGUCAGCAUGUACCACAUGCCCGUUAUGUCUGUGCCACCUUGGAAAAAACAAACCGGAUAUGCUGGAAAGAAAAAAAGCCACCUACCAGUUGCACCACACAGGAUGUGCACUUCUCUGUACCAGGAAAGGUCUUUCUGUGAAGCUUCUUGAAAAUCCAAGUUCUUAGCUGUGACUGACAGAAUCAGAAUUCUUAAUCUGAUCCAAUGAUUCAAGCAUUUGUGUAAUUUUUUUUUCUUUCUGUAACAUUUAAAUAAAUAAUUAAAAUGUGGUGCUUGCUCUU